AGCGCUAUGCGGCUGACGUCGUACCGAAGUGCGCAUGGCGGACACAUUGCGCAUUGGCCAAGCUCGUUGAGCGCUUCCAACUGCUGAAUGACGUAAUGGUGCGCGUGACUACCAUUGGCGCAUCGAAGAAAAAUCGAAAGCAAAAGACGUAAAAAAUGCCGUGCGGCGCAUCGUCCUCGUUAUCCUCGUGCUAUGUCACUUCAUAUUAUCGAGGAGUACGCGCAAGUUCGCAUGAGCGCUGCGUGCGUUGCUCAUGAAGCAUACGCGCGAUAACUUUUAGAGCAACUAGGGCAAGUGGAAAGAACAACGCGGACAGCAGAUAGGAGGUCAGUUGCUGAUCUGUUCAGUAAUACGCGCCGCAUUAUAAGACGUUCACCUCCUGUGGUCUAAUGGAUACAAGCACGCUUGCAACGUCACCAUCCAAGACAGACAAAACAUGUCGACUUCAAGUCCGUUACCUGAUGAGCUGUAUGAUCUCCCUGGGGGUAUUCCUGGUUUAUUCAAUGAGGGUGAACCUCAGUGUGACCAUCAUUGCCAUGGUGAACACCACAGCCGUGAAUGGCAACUCGAGCCAUACAGCAAACAUCAGCUGUCCUGUUCCUUACAGAAAUGCAUCGUAUAUAAAUGGAGGUGACGAGUCGGAUGAUGGAGAAUUUCUCUGGGACCCUGUGAUGCAGGGAUAUGUGCUGAAUGCUUUCUUCUACGGGUACAUUGUAACGCAAAUCCCUGCUGGAUGGCUUUCGGAGGUCAUCAAUCCCGCGUGGAUCUUUGCAGCAGGUGUCGGCGUCACAUCGCUACUCACCCUCGCCACUGCAGUGGUGGCAAGAGCCAGCUUUAGUGCAUUUAUUGUCCUUCGCGUUCUCGAAGGUGUCGCUGAGGGUGUGACCUUUCCAUCUAUGUUUGCCAUCAUGGCUCGCUGGUCACCCGUGCAAGAACGCAGCUUUCUUCUUGCCAUCAGUACACUUGGCAGCAUUCUCGGUACUACUGUGACAUUGCCUGUCUCUGCUCUGCUGUGCCAGUAUGGCUUUGCUGGUGGCUGGCCUUCGGUAUUCUAUAUCACAGGUCUCUUAGGCUGUGUGUGGUUUGUAUUUUGGGUUCUUCUUGCAUCUGGCACGCCAGAAAAGCAUCACUUCAUUUCUGAAGAGGAGAAAAAGUACAUCAUAGAAUCACGUGAUGCGACAUUUGCUGUGCGCAAGUCUGUGCCAUGGGGAAGCAUAGUGACAUCCCGAGCUGUCUGGAUGAUUGUCCUGAUCAAGUUUUGUGGAGCAUGGAGCUUCUACACGCUGCUGACCGAACUGCCCAGCUACCUAGCUGACAUACUGCACUUUAACAUCCGGAGUAACGGAUCUCUCAAUGCUAGCGUCUACUUGAGUCAGCUGCUCGUGGGCCUUGGCAGCAGCUACUUGGCUGAUUACUUGCGAAAGAAAGAAAUUCUGGGAGUGACAAAUGUGAGAAAAGUCUUUGAAAGUGUGGGAUUGCUUGGACAGGCUGUAGGCAUGAUUGGCGCCACUUUUGCGGGCUGCGACUGGAUGUUGGCUUUUGCGAUGCUCUUAGUUGCCUCCACGUCUUCUGGUGCACUAUACGGCAGCGAAAGUGUGCUGCCCGUAGAUAUUGCUGCUCAGUUUGCUGGUGCUGUUAUGGGAUUUGCCAAUUGUAUUUCAAACAGCGCUGGCAUAUUUACCCCUCUUGUUGUUGGCUACCUCACGGAAAGCAGUGAAAGCAUCGAACAGUGGAACAAGGUCUUCUUCAUAUCCGCCGGUGUGGUUGUCUUUGGGGCAGUAUCAUUCCUCCUACUUGGCAAGGCCGAGGUGGAACCCUGGGCACGUCAGCCAUGCGGCUCCAUCAACGACUCGUCCUCGCUUCUGUUCCCCGCCAAUGAGCAGGCAGAAGACAGCAUUUCUGUCUUAAAAAGUGCAGGGACUACGUAACUAGUCCUCGUAUAAUACUGUUUGCACCCGCAAUUGUAACAUAACACGUAGAUUGUCACACCGCUAAAGCUCAUGCUGCUGAGCCAUAUUUGGAUGGGGAAAAAACUUGGACACCCAUGCGCCUUGACUAUGUGCACAUGAGUUGCAUGCACAAGAAUGCCAGGUGGUCAAAAUUAAUAUCCAGUCCCCCUCUGUGGCAUGUCUCAUAAAUCAUAUAGUGGUUUUGUUAAGCCAAACCUCAGCAAUUUUUAUUAUUGAUAGGGCAUUGUAUGUAAUGUUACAGAAUCAGCCAUAGCUGGCUAUAGAGCUGCAUGUCAGCCAUGACAUCUAUUGUAUAUAAAAAGAAUUGCUUGUUGAUCAUUCAAGAAUUACCAACGUGUGAACCAUGGUGCUACGCUGAUUGAUAUAGAUGGAGCAGUGCUGAGUGCUUGGGAAGACUGUGUAAAAUAGCAUAGAAAUUCUACGUGAUACAGUGCUUCAUUAUAUACAUGGAGUACAUGUGGUACACUAGGCACAUAUUUGUACCUCCUCUUUUAGCAGUGUUUCAGCACUGAAAAGAUAAAGUGCAAUAUGGAUAACAAAUAUUGCUUGACAGAUGUAAGUAUUGUGUCAUGUGCUUUGUAUGCCCCAAUUUAGAACUGAUGUAUCCUGGUAUAGAAGAAUGCUUUUCCGUUUUACAGUGUUCAGAAUCUACAGCAAGCUCAAAUUCGAUGACAUUUUUCUGUUUAAGAACGUUCGGACUUCAGAAGCUACCGUAGCAUUCUGUGUGUACAAAAUAUUUAAGGCAUUAUACUUUAUCUUGAUUAUUAUUGUGAUGUUCUCUGUUACGUAAUCCACUGUAUGCCUAUAGACUUUAUGGUCGCUGAGUUCAUUGGUGAAAACCAAGAGAUUUACAAAGAAGGUUAAAUACUUCAGCGCUGCUGUUCUAAAUUCCUUCCCUGCAAUUUUAUAAAUUAGAUUAGCUGAUCAAUCUGAUGAAAUUACAAAGAAAUCAUUGACAAUGCUUCAUAGCAAGCUGCGCAGCAUUAUUGAAGGUAAGCUUUGUGUGUCACAGCCAUGAUCAAGUGAACUUGAUGUGAGAACCUGGUCGUUUUCCUGCAGUUAGAAAAAACACUUGGCCAUGUCAUGGUGCCUGACACUUGUCUCACACCUGUGAUGCAAAGCAGGGCACUGCAUCAAAUUUGCAUGGUACAGACCCUUUACAACUGCUUAAUUUACUUUUAACUGGCUCUCACCUUUUGGGUUUAAUUCUCGGCUUUCAACACACAAUUUAAUAAGAAGGAAAAAAACAGAGUUUGACGUAGCGUGUCAUAAUUUCACGCACAUAUAAGGCAGCAAUGGGGUAGUAUUUACAUAGUAUUUUAUAAUUACCAAUUAUUAUGGGUGUGCCUGCAUAAAAUUAGUCAUUUGGUGUUUUUCUAAACAUUCUAUGCCUGAAGACAGGCAGACUUAGAUUAGCUUGCUUGUAUGAGUAUGUAUCUAUAUGUACACUAGUCAUUUUACCAAGUGUAAAGUUGAUGUGUGGUUCACAUUAGCACAAUCUAACGGGGUGACUGAUACAAAGUUACCAGUCUAGACUUUAGCAAGCAUCAUAUUCCAUUCAACUUUUGGGAUUUUCACAAUCCAUCAGUCUAACAAAGAUGUGGUCCUAUGAACUCUUCCAAAAACUAAUGCUAUUUUCUAUAUUGCUGAUUUAAGCCUGGGUAUGAGCAUCUCAUGAGAUUAACUGUUUGUGGUUCACUUAAGAAUUCAUGCUAGAGCAUCAUGAAAAAUAGAACUGGUAAACUGUUGAUUGGCAUGCCAUAUUUCGUAUAUAUUAGUGCUGGAUGGUUAGGUAUAGUGUACUACAUAGUGUGAAUACUCAAACAACGAAUAUGCCAUUUAUCACUGCAUUUUAUCACUUGCAUCAAUCACCUUUUGUAAUAUAUUUUUUCAUUACACCCGAUAACACUGCUGUGACUGGUUCGGGGUUCAUAAGAUCUACUCAUGUGAGGCCAGAUUCAUCUUAUGUGCGUUUAAAUCUGUUUACAGCAGAGCUGCGGGCUGUUUCUCGAGGUUAGCCGUGUAUCAUAGAUAGAAAAUUAUCAUCAUGAAUCGGCACACGCUUUCUUAAUCCUCUUCUUCAUAGUCUUCCUUCUGCUUAACUCCCAGAACACAUGCCUAGAUCUGUCCAAUGUCAAAAAAAAAAAAAUGUGAAAAAAAGGGAACGGAGAAAGAGUUGGAAAGAAAGAUAAAGGAGAAGAGAAAUUCUCAAAGAAGCGAGAUUCAAAUCCACAUCCGCUCAAUACGAAGGCGAGCAUCGUAACCAUUUGGCUAUCCAGGCACGCUAGCAGAGGGUAGCAUAGCCUUGUAUAGUGUAGUGUAGCUAGAGAAUGAGUAGCGGAAGUGAAGGUUAGGAGGACAGAUUUUAGAGUGAGGAGGGAAAGAGAUAUAGUAGAGAUAUAGAAAGAAAGGGAAGAAAGAGAGAAAAAGACAGAAAGACAGAGAAACAAACACACAUGGAGAGGAAAAAAAUUGUUCGGACGCGUGUACGUCGCUGAAUUGUUCGGACGCAGGUACGUCGCUGAGACACCCGGACAGCGUGAAUGCCAACUCUCAACUGACUUUAUUCUCGUCUCUUUGCGCUUCUUGCCUUUCGAUCCUUGCCGGCGUGGUGAGUGAGCUGAGUUGGCAAGGGGAGAACUAGUUGUUAUGGAGAGGAGAACUACGGCGUCUUCUUUGCUUCGUUUGUUGGUUGCCACCACAAAAUAGAAACAGGCCCAAGAAGGAUAGAAGAGAAGAGCAAAGAUAGUCAUGUACUAUAUACAUAUGUGAUAUCCAAGGGGUGGAAAACCGAGAAGUGAAAGGGUAAAAGUUGAGCCAAGACAGGACCAGCAAGGUGGUCGCUAGCUCUGCUGUGAUCCAGCCUCGUGACUCAGCACAAGUUGCUGUAAUGUUUUUUACAGAAGUAAGGUUUUUAAAGACUCCCAAAAUAAGGUUUGUUUUAUAGUGUGUAGUGUACUCAUGCACUCACUGUCAUUGAAAAGUGGCUUUAUUUUUAUACAGACUUGAAACAAAUCUAUUUUAUUGGAUGCUUACUCUGUACUUCGAAUGCAGUUAUUGGAAAUACUGCCAAUGUUUUCAGUGUUUAAUUGUUAUCAUUGAUGGUACAACAGGCCAGCAACUGCCACACUUUACUAGAACAUAUUCUCUGUUGAUGAUCUUAGAGAUUGUUGUAUAGUACGUCCUGUGGCUAUGUAUACUUUUAGCCAGUCAAGUAAUAAGAUUCUGACAAGGCAAAUAGUUUGUGUAAACAUAUAUCUGUGAUAUCACUACUAAAGAUGCGGCUGCUGUAUUGACGUAUAGAUGAGGUGCAGAUGUGGUACAGUAAUGGUAUGGAGCUAUAGAUAUGGUAUCAUACAGAUACCAUAUCUAUAGAAGUAAAAAAAGGAGUGAAUAAAGCUUAUUGCACAAUUUUCACCUGGGAAAAUAUUAGUCUUAUUGUCUUUUUGCUCAUGUAAAAUAAUGUAGUUCGAGCUUUAUGCAAGGUUCAUGGCCAAAUGCACGCGAUUUUUUCAAUGCAGGUUAAUAUGUACAUUGAAUUUGAAUAUAUUUAACUCUCUUUACUGCAGAUAAAUUAGAGGACCCUAGAGCUUCGACUUUUGGAGUUGAACGCGAUAGUGACAUCUUGUUCCUAGUGCGCCUUUCUAACACUUAGUGCAUGAAACCUUUUCGAAUUUUCAAUGCACCGACUACGUGCUCUUAAGAAAAUAGGCGCAUUAGCGUGCAUGCCUUCUGUAGUGGGUGACCGGCUUUAAACCAUGAAUCCAUUAUGAUAAUCACAUAUCAGUCUAAUGCCCAUUGGAAAUGGAAUCUUGUACCAGGCAUUAUUACUGCAAUAUUUCAUGUGGCAUUGUGAAGCACAGGACGCAUGUGUUUGUGAAGCAUGAAAGCGACUUUCACUGCAUUUCCAAGCUCAGGAAGUUCUUUUCACUGUUUAACAAGCACAGGCGGUUCCGUGUGGAAGAACAUCCACUUGCCAUGCAAACAACCCAGGUUCGAUCCCCACUCGGAUGCCAACACCGACACCAACACCGACAUUUCUGCGAAACAAGCUCUUUAACGCUAUCGCGUUUAUAAUGAUGCGGUAUGUUACAGCACUUUCAUAACAGGCUUAUGCAGUAGUAUAUGAGUUGUAAUGUGCAUGAAAUCAAACCCGAGAUUAAUCUGUUCUGGCUUGUUCAACAUACUAGAGCUGUACAGACAAUCUCAAGGUCACAUUCUUGGCCGCAAGACGUUUGCUGAGCAUUUUUAAAUACUUUCAUUUAAUUCCUUGGUGUAAUGCAUGGACGAGCUUUGUGUGGCGUAAACACGUGUGCGUGUGAACUUUGGCGGAAUUUUGAAAUGUUUGUGCGGGUGUCCGAGAAAGAGAAGGAUGGUGACAAGAAGCCGAGCCAGUGACACGUGGCAACAGGUAGCACGUAUGGCAGUGGCACCUGUUGCAUCGACACCGGGUGCAGCAGUGGCACCGACACUGGGUGUGGCUCCUGCUACGUCGGCGUGCAUGACAGGGACGACGGGUUCCACAUCAUCACCGCCACCACGUGAGACAGCUGAAAGCCGUCUACUAACGUGAGGCCUGUUGGAGGCCUUGGCUCCUGCUGAGACUGCACGCGAAACGUGCCACCUGCGUGCCUGAGCUCGCUACGGACAAGAGCGUCGCUGUGCAUGGACUUUUGCCUCCUUGAGACGUUGGUUCAGCAAAACCAUCAGCGUUCGUGUUGCCAUGUAGAUAGAACAGUGGCUGCUUGGACUUAAAGCAGUUUAUGUCCGUAUUUAUGUGCUUGUCUUUGUGAUAGUCGAUAGAGCCUCUUGUUGUUAUAAAUGUUGUUCGAGAACUACUCCUGCAUCAUCUCGUAUAGUUUGUUUCAUUGACCACACACAGGCAAACGUUACGAACCAUCCCUGUCAUUACACUUGGGUUUGUUUGUGCAAGUUGCUGCGAUGAAGCUUACACUAACAUUACAAGCAGACAUUUCUGUCAGUAUGGGCGUAUCAUGAAAACAUCACUGGAUUACUGGUACUGUACAGCAGUUUGGCACAUUCAAGUUAUGCUUAGAUGGAAAAGCUCAAGUCGUGCCAUAGAAUAUGGCCAUAUGGUUUUUCAAUAUAAGUGAAAUUCUUUCUACCUCUUUACCUUGCUGUGACUAUUUACAUUUGUAUAUGUAAUUGAAACCUGAUAUAACGAAGUGAUUGGGAUGCUAGAAUUAUUUAGUUGAAUGAGGAAGUUCAUAAAAUUGAAAAAAAAAUUUCCAGGUUCUUCAAAAACCUAAAAUUCCAGUGUAACCACAACCAAAAUCUACCAGGCCAUUGUUCUUGCCACAAAUCUACUCCUGUGCAUAUCACAAAUUCUGUGAGGGCAGCCCUGACCUGAAGCCUCCCACGUCACCCAGGCAUGGAUGGCACCAUGUCUAGGCUAUUCUGGCCAGAAAGAUGGUCACGUGAAGCAAUGAUGGGCGAGCAAUAUAGUGUGCUGAGACACGGAGAAGGAAUGAAGCAAAUGUACAAACAGGCCGAAAGAGAAAGUGGCAAGGAGGCAAUUAGGGCCAUGACACCACAAAACCAACCACCGCCACCUGUAGCACCAUCCAGUACGUAGGAGUGCUACCGACUGCUGAGUCCAUUGCUCCAUACAUUGGUGUGGUGCGCAGCCUCAUCAAACUAAAAGCAGGGCCGUUAGUAGGAUGGACAUUUUGAUUUGAUAGCUUUAGAGCGCACACUCAAAGAAAGACCUGUAUCCACUAAAUUGGACGGAAAUCACUGCUUUUUGCUGAUGUAUUUCAAGAAAAAAACUUUGUUAAACUGAGUUUAGCAGCAUAUUGGUUAAGCUAGUUCGUUAGUUUGGAGUGAAUAUAAUGGCGAGCUCAGUGGUUAUCAGUUGGAAAAUCAAAAUUUCUUCAUUAGAAUGGAAACUUUGUAAAAUCAGGUUUCGCUACAUCUAUUUUUAACUGUAUUUUCAGUGACCGUUUGUAUACCCUUGCUGUAAAGUAAUUGUGGUGAGAGUUUGUUAAUUGUAUGCUUUUGUUGAGCCAUCUUUACCAUUUAUGCAGUUCUUUCUACAAUGAGUUUUACGUAAAAAAAAAAAAAACUAAAUGGGGUGUGCAUCUUUUCUGAAUUAUGAAUGUACACUUAUUUUGCGAUAAAUAAAAGUUUGUGUAUGCUCAUAAA